AAGCAUUCGAAACAAGACCUGUCUGCUGACAAAUCACAUUUGGAUUUUAUUCCAAAACAAUCGCCUCAAAUCACAAACUGCAUAUACAUACCAAAACACUGGUCUUCCCUCACUUAUCUAUCUCCUCAUAAACCACCAUUUCACAAGAAAACACAUCAUAUUCUUGGACACACAAAUUGUAUGCAACACAGAUUAGUUAGGUACCUUGGUGUGAAAAAAGAUUUGAUCUUGGGCUGACCCAGAACAAAAUCUUGGACACCCAGGUGGAUUGUUGUGCCUUUUGAUCAGAAAUUGUGUUUCUUUAGUGAAAUUUCAAGAUUUCUUGUUCAUAGUUAAUAAUUAUAUGUUUUGCUAAGUGAUGGGGAAGUGAAAUGUGAAAAGAUUUGUAUUUGGAUUUGGAUUCAUGGGUAAUUGUUACAGUUCUGAAGUAGAUGAGCAGUUUCAAAGGCAACAGCAAAAUGGUCAAUCUGUGAAUAAUAAUUCAGAUUCCAAGUUCCAAAACUCUGCUGAAUCAAACAGAACCACAUAUGCGAGCAGUAUUGUGGUGAUACCCAGAGAUGUCAAGGCUCUUCGUCAAAAUCCUGGAAAUAGUAAUCUUGAUAUCUUUACAUAUGAAGAGAUGAGGUUGGCCACCAAGCGUUUUCGCCCCGACCAAGUUCUCGGAGAGGGUGGAUUCGGAAUUGUGUACAAAGGAGUUAUAGAUGAAAAUGUUAGGCCUGGUUACGUUAAAACGGAAGUGGCCAUCAAGGAGCUUGAUCCAGAAGGGAUCCAAGGCGACAGAGAAUGGCUGGCUGAAGUCAACUAUCUGGGCCAACUCCAACACCCUAAUCUUGUGAAGCUCAUUGGAUACUGUUGUGAUGAUGAUCACAGGCUUCUGGUCUAUGAAUACAUGGCAUCUGGGAGCCUGGAAAAUCACCUUUUUCAGAGAGUGAGUGUUACUAUGACUUGGUCAAGAAGGAUAAAGAUUGCUUUGGAUGCUGCUAAAGGGCUUGCUUUUCUUCACGGCGCUGAAAGAUCUAUUAUCUAUCGCGAUUUUAAGACCUCAAACAUAUUGCUGGAUGCGAAUUUCAAUGCAAAACUUUCUGACUUUGGGCUUGCAAAGGAUGGACCCAUGGGAGACCAAACCCAUGUAUCAACACGAGUUAUGGGGACCUAUGGUUAUGCAGCUCCUGAGUAUGUAAUGACAGGUCAUUUGACAUUCAGAAGUGAUAUUUAUGGUUUUGGAGUGGUGCUACUUGAAAUGUUGAUCGGAAGGAAAGCCAUGGACAAGAGCCGACCUAGCCGAGAGCAUAAUUUGGUUGAGUGGGCCCGGCCUAUUUUAAAUCACCAAAAGAAGCUUUUAAGAAUUAUAGAUCCUAGGAUGGAAGGGCAAUACUCAAAUAAAACUGCUAUUAAGGUGGCGACUUUGGCAUAUCAAUGCCUCAGCCAAAAUCCAAAAGGGAGGCCUUUAAUGAGCCAGGUUGUUGAAAUACUCGAAUCCCUUCAGACACGAGCGAGGCGAGAAGAUGUAUCAAUUCAUACUGGAGCAAGUGUAACUCUUUACGAGGUCCCCAAGAGUGUUCCACAGAACCCCACAGAUAAUCAGAGUGAGCCAAAUGAAAAUGUGAGAGAAAAAGAUGCAGAAACGUCAAUGUGCAAGCCAGUGAAGCAAAGGAGCAAGAGUGAACCUCCGAAGGAGAAUGAUCUCUAUGAUCCAUGUGAUGAUGCGAUAUUUGAUGAUGAAAGAUCAGAUUCUUUAAGAAUUUGAACGGUAGCAUCCAAAUUUAUGUGAGCUCAAAGUAUGAACUCCCUAAAGAUUCCGUGCUCGGGAAUCUAGCUUGUGUACCAAGCUCAUGAGCUCUGCCAGGUCCAAACAAGUUUACAAGGAGAACCAUUCUAUAAAGCAACUUUUUCUUUUUUCAAAGCCUACCAUGUACCAAGACCAUAAAGAUGAUCAGUUUUUCCAAUUCAAAUUUCUUGUUAUUC